GACGCAGCGUUAUCCAGAAGGUGUGUGUUUGCACGAAUAGACACGCACAUUACGAGCUGCCUCUGCGUCUGUAGCGCCUGUGCCCCUCCCUCUCUGACUCCCAGCAUCACUGGCAGCCCGGUGAUGCUGUCAUAAACCGGAGAAUAAAUUCCCGUUUAACGACCCUGAAGGGGGGGCGUCGUAUUUUGUGAAUGGUUAUUAUGGUUGGCUGCAUUAAUUUGUAAGUACAGGCCUUUAAUGUGUUAUUGGAUGCGACCCCAUUCAGAGACACAACACAAACCGUUUGUUAUAGGCUGUUGCUGUUUUUAUUUGGGCUUUUGCUGCACGCAUCGUGUAUGCGUAUAGCCGCGAUCGGGGUGAAUAAUAAAUUUCACUCGGAGGUUUUUUUGAGGCUUUCCAAGGGCAGCAGUGAGCGACACAGUGCGGCAGCGAUGUGCACGUCUGACGGCUAGACGGAGCAAGCGGGAAGGAGCCUUUUUUCUGCAGCUGUAGUCGCUGAGUUGUCAGAGUUCUCGCUCAUAUCCAGGGUUCAAGCUCUCUGCUUUCGCUCCUCACUCGGUUCACCGCCUGGCUUUAGGAUGCGACGUCAUGACUUGAUCGCGCCUGACAGAUGUUGCUGUGUUGCAGUUGCACGGGUAUAGAUCCUCCGCUUGCUCUCGCUGUUUUGGGGGGAUGAUUCUGUAAAAAAAAAAAAAAAAAAACGGUUCGUGCGAUAAAUGCCAAGUCCUCGCUUUAUGCUCGGAGAGAUCGCAACAUUCAUUUAGUCUUCGGGAUUGCAUAAAAUGAUACCUGGAUCUGCCGCAUCAAUGCUACCAUCUGCAGAAGCUGCGAAAUUGUACCAGACCAAUUACGUCCGCAACUCCCGUGUCAUCGGACUUUUAUGGGCCAUCUUCACUAUCCUGUUCGGUAUUGUUAACGUGACCAUCUUCUCACAGCCCUAUUGGAUUGGGGAUGGCGUGGAUACGCCGCAGGCCGGCUACUUCGGCCUUUUUCACUAUUGCGUCGGAGACGGCAUCUCCAGAGAGCUGGCCUGCCAGGGCAGCUUCACCGAGUUCGCCGCUAUCCCCUCCACCGCGUUCAAGGCCGCCUCCUUCUUCAUCGGCAUGUCCAUGAUGCUGGUUGUCACCUGCAUCGGCUGCUUCAGUCUCUUCUUCCUGCUCAGCACCUCCACCGUGUACAAGAUCUGCGGCUGGAUGCAAGCAGCAUCAGGUGUCUGCCUGGUACUGGGUUGCAUGAUCUAUCCCGAUGGUUGGGACAGCGACGAGGUCCGGCGGAUGUGCGGAGAGCAGACAGACAAAUACAGCUUGGGGGCCUGCUCAGUGCGUUGGGCCUACAUCUUGGCUAUCAUGGGCAUCCUGGAUGCUCUCAUCCUCUCCUUCCUGGCCUUCGUCCUGGGGAACCGGCAGGACGGACUCAUGACAGAAGAGCUGCUGGCCGAGAGCAAGGAGGGAGGCAACGCCUAACCAAAUCUUUAGGUUCCUGAAUUUCCCUGUGUCUGUUUUCAUGAAGUACCAGUCAGCCCUCAACAUCAGCUCGGAGGAGGGAGGCCAUCCCAGUCUGUGACGGAGAGGAAUACUACGGAACCAGCCAGCCUGCCUUUCACACCUUCCUGCCAAAAUCCUAGUGUAACCUACCCUCAAACUACAUCCAUUUUGCUUGCUGACCCUACAUCAUCCCCAGCACUUAGAUGGAGCCCAAUGCACUUCUAUCCCAGUGUGUCUACAGACCUAACCCUUGCACAACAUUGCAUAGACCAUGGCAGGGGCGGAGACUGUUAUUCUAUUGAGAAGUAUACGGACUACCCACUACCUACCUGAGAAGGCACAGGGUUGACAUUGUACACCUGCAGUACGAGCACAGACACAAACACACGCACCCAUACGCACAAACACAACUACCACACACACACACACACACACACACACACACAGUACACUCAAACAAAACAUUGACAAACUCUGUAAUUACAAGUAUUAAACUAUGUUAACACUUAGCCGUGUGUACCACCGUCAGAAUGUGUGUCAUGUUUUAUUUGUGAAAAGAAGAAAAGUGCUCAUUUUCAGAUAAUAUCGGGUUGAUGUAAAUCUAUUGUGUUUCAUAUGUAAAGUUUGACAAUGAAAUGAAAGUUUUAGUUUGCUCAUACACCCCUUUGUUCCUCUUCAUUUACUAGAAGAAAAAAAAUUAAGAUAUUUUAUAAGAAUAUUAUCAUC